AUGUCCGCCUUGACAGCGGCUCCCUAUACCGUGCUUCUAGGGGCCUGUUGUAUCCUGUACUUUGUGGUAUAUCCCGUCAUUGUAUACUUUCGAGAUGCCAAAGGCCUCCGCAAGUUCCCCAACAUGCAUCCUCUGUCCGGGAUCAGUUCAAUCCCCUUCAUGAUCGUUGCACAUGGAGGAGCCCGGUCAACGUAUCUCUCGAAACUUCACAAGAAACACCCCGUGAUACGGACAGGACCCAACACGCUAUCAUACGCCGACCCGCGGGCGAUCAAGGACAUUUACGGGCACAACACCAAGUGCAGCAAGGACGCAUUAUACGUCUUGACGGCAGGGUCGCACUUCCACCUUGCCGACGUGAUCGACAAGCCCGACCACGCACGGAAACGCAAGGUGCUAUCGUCCGCGUACGCGUUGAAGAACCUUGAGGGCUGGGAGCAUAAGGUGGCCGACAAGACAGCGAGACUGAUUGCCCACUUCGACAAGUGCUGUACCGCUCCCUUAACCAAAGAACGACCGAUACCUGAUCCAUCCGACCUCAAAGUGGACUAUCGGGCAUGGACGAAUUUCUUCACCAUCGAGGCCAUCGCCGACAUUGGCCUGUCCGAGAAACUCGGGUUUCUGGACCACGGGCACGACCGCAUCACGGGGCGACGGACCGACGGCACGACGUACGAAUGCAAUUUUCGCGAGAGCCUGUACCAGAACGCCCGCAAACAAUCGCUUUUGGUUUGGCCGUACGAGUGGUAUCCAAUCAUCAACAAAAUCGCCAACAUCAUCCCGUUUUAUGGAAGGAUGGGCAAGUGCGCCACGGACUGGGACGGCAUCCCGCACGAACUGGCCCACCGUCGACUCCAGCGCUACCGUGCAGGUGAGAAGCUGGACGACUUCUUCCAAGCCCUCAUGGAAGACAAAAACGGAAACCCCAAUAACCUCGAAUGGGGCGAGAUCGUGGCCGAAGUCAGUAUCAUGAUGAACGCCGGUAGCGCGACUACCGCCAUUGCCAUGACGAAUGUCAUGUAUCAGCUGCUCAAGAACCCGAGGGUGAUGAAAAAGCUGGUCGAGGAGCUUGACGCCGCGCUGGACGAUAUGGACGAGGAGGAAGAAGGAGGACUUCAGUCGGGUGUCGUCCCCUACGAUCGCGUCAAACAUUUACCCUACCUACGAGCUUGUCUGGAUGAAUCGUUGCGACUGUUCCCGCCUACGCCGCAGGCAUUGUCGCGCGAGACGCCGCCCGAGGGCGCCCAGAUUGUGGAUGACUACAUCCCUGGAGGAGUCACCGUGGGCAUGUCGGCGCUGGUCGCCCACCGCAUCGAAUCCGUGUUUCCGCAGGCCAACAAGUUCAUUCCCGAGCGAUGGCUGGGUGAGGAAGGUAAGAAUCUGCAGCCGUAUUUCCUGGCCUUCUCGGCCGGUGCGAGAGGCUGUAUUGGUCGCAAUAUCUCCUACUUGGAGCAGGCCGUGCAGUUGGCCUCGAUGCUCCGACGGUACGAGUUUGCGCUGCCGCAUCCGAACUGGGAGAUCCAGAGGCUGGAGACAAUGAAUUGGUUGCUGGGUGAGAUGCCGGUCAAGAUUUGGAGGAGGGAGAGGGACCGUACAGCUCGGACUUAG